AUGGCUUCUGUUCCACCCGGCGACAUCGCGACUCUUCCUGCUGUGAAGGUCAUCUUCAACGCUCCGUUCGAUGACAAGCACACCUACUACAUGAAGAUCAUCAACUCUGGUGGGCAUCGUAUCGGCUUCGCCUUCAAGACGACCAACCCUCGCCGUCUGAACAUGGACCCGCCCAACGGUGUGCUCGACCCGAAGGAGGCCAUCAACAUCGCCAUCUCUUGCGACGCCUUCGAUCCGGCUGCUGAAGCGACCAACAACGACCGUGUCACCGUCGAAUGGACCAACACCCCGGAAGGAGCAGCCAAGCAAUUCCGCCGCGAGUGGUUCCAGGGUGACGGUAUGGUUCGCCGCAAGAACCUUCCAAUCGAGUACAACAUGUAA